GGCAAUGCGAGUGGCAGCAGCGGCACGAGCAGCAGCAGCAGCAGCGGCAGCACUGGCAGCAGCGGCACCGGCAGCAGCGGCACUGGCAGCAGCAGUGUGUUCCGGCCUGGCGUGCCCCCCUCCGAGCCGCACUGCGUUGACUUUUAUGUGCGAAAUUUUUGGCGAGUUGCGAAGACUCAGAACGAUUUGGAGUCGCCGACUUUGGGCCAGUGCAGGGGCUUCUUCUUCCGCCUUCUGCUGCACCCCCGAGGCACCAUGGGGACGGAUUCGGAGGCGUCACACCUCUCAGUCUUCUUGGAGGCGGUGCGACAGGACUGGUAUCCCGAGGACUGGGUGUUUCCGAACGUGCGCUUCGAGCUGACAGUGGUGAACGUGAGGGAUCCGAAGCUGUCGGUGACCUCCUGGGCGCACUGGACCUUCAGCAGCGAAGCGACAAGUCGCGGAUGGCAGAAAAUGAUAUCGCAUGCACGCCUUACGCGGCAAUCUGGAUUCCUAGACGAUGAGGGCACCGUUCUGGUGAGGGGCAAAGCGGAACCCCCAUUCGCGUGCCUGUGGUCAAGGGGGCCCCUCUAUAGGCCGCACAGGGCCUGGGAGUAUAUCCCCGAGAGGGCUGCCAAAGCUCUAGAGGAAGUGUCGUCCUCCUGCUCCGUCGCAGCAGCCGCGCUCGCAGGAGGCGGGGGCGGUGCCCCUUCCCCUCAUCAGGGGCCCCCCCCAGCAGCGGCGACGCACAGGUUGAAGGCUCCCAGCGCCAGCCUGCUCUCGUAUGUGGAUCCGAUCGUGCCUGCACUCCAGCCGUCUCUUGGCGCAGAUUGUGUUGCGCUCUUCAUCCACUGCCUCUUCCACUUGUGCGAGUUUCGACGGCAUAUUUAUUUGUGGGGAGCUGACCAAAUAUCGUAUCCUUCUCCGGAGGCCUUAGCCGCGGAUCCUUCGUUGGCAGCCUCGAUUCCUUCUUUUGCGGAUGGUUCGCUUAUUGGGGCCCUUCAGCACACAUUCGCUUACAUGCAGCUGUGGCCGAUGACAGUCGCAUGCAGACGCCUGCAGCAGCUAGCGGGUGAGGGGGGCUUCGCGGCGCGAGAAAUUUGCCCCUCGGAGGUGUGGAAGUGGUACGGAGCAGAGCUUUUCCCGAAGAACUCCUCGAGCAGGAGGGGGGCCCCUCCCGCUUUGCCGGGGGCCCCCUCCUCGCUGAACAGGAGACUCGCGUUCUGCUCGCUCUGCCACAGAUGUACUUGCUGUUGCAGAUGCAGGCAGCACGCGCCAGCGCCAGUCGUCCUCCAAGGGCCUCCUCCCCCCGGGAACGCUGCAGCCGCAGCUGGCAUGCCUCAUGGCAACAGCAGCGGCAACAACGGAUAUGAAGAUCCCGCGAAGUUGGAACGAGACUCUUGUCUUUGCUGCGAUCUCGUCGACAAGUACCCGGAGCUGAUGGACGCAAUGCCACCGCAGCCAAACACGAAGUUGGUGUUGAAGGCGCUCCACUUCCAUGAUUUGCAGAAGCUGGACACUCCGGAUCCGCUGGUCAGAGUGCAUACGGAGUUGUUUUCUCUGCUGAUGAGGGAAAUCACGCGGGCAAGCCUCGAAGCCAGGGACCCCACAGAAGCCUCAAACACAAAACAGCGGGGAGCCACUGAUCCUGCUACAUCGAUGACGACUGCGGCUGAUGUCGCUGCUGCUGCUGGAAGCAGCAGCAGCUGCAGCAACAGUAUUUGGGAUGCGGAUACGCACCACUACAGCUCGUGCGAUCAUCUCGAGGCAACCUGCCACGAAUUGUUUUGUUCCUCAGACAGAUCCAUUGGACUUAUGGCUCCGGAUGGGACCCCCGAUAUAUCGGCAGGAUUUACGCGGUGUCGCCAUGUUCAUUCGUUGCAGAAGGCGCUGGAGAGCUGUGGAAAGGCGCUUCAGCAGUAUCCUGAGGUGUUGUUUGUGUACCUCCAGUCGGCCAAGCAGAGUAAGAAAGGCGAGCUUUUCGAUGCUCCCUUGCGGCUCGAUGCUCAGGGUUUGCUGCAGCUGCGACAGAACGGUGGGAUGUCGGCAGCGGGAGGGCCACAGGUAACAUCUCCGGAAGUGGAGGGGGGAGGCGGAGGAGGCGGAGGAGGCUUAAGUGGCAGUGGGAGUGCCUUUGUUUCUCUAGACAAGGAGCGACAAAGGCGGCGACUGCGGAAGAAGCUGCAGCUCUCGAGGAGAGGCUCCAAGGGUGCUCGAGACUUUGCAGAAGAGAGCGAGGGAUCUGAGGCGGAGGGGGUAGCUUUCACGGAGGAGGAGGAAGGCGGCGGGCUGUCUUCAGGGUGUUGUAAAGGUGGGGUUGGUGGCGGCAGCAGCAGCAAGGGGGGCAGUGUGUCUCAGGGGCCUCUGGGCUCUCAAGCGGCGACGGCAGCACCCCCUAGCGGCUCUCCGAGUGGGGGGGGAGGCCCUCAGGAAAAGUGGUAUUCCUUGUUUGCGCUAUUUGUUCGGGAAGGCGAUCUGAAGGGUGACGGCUGUGGCGCUGGCACGAGUCACUACUUGCUGCUGCGUCCUGAGGAAGAUGGCCCCUGGUUUAGAAUAGGGGAUGGGCGUGUCGAGAGGUUAAGCACUAAAGUUGACUUCACGGAGUGGAAGUGCCACCGAGACUUCUUCUGUGGGGGUGCCGUCUACGUUGCGGAAGACUACAUUGACGCGAUUCAAGCGGGCGAGGUAGAUCUGAGCGGCGAUCUUCGCGAGCUGAACCCCUGGCUCUACUAUAGGGUUCUUUACGAGCUGGGAAUUACCGAGUCGGAGAUCAAGCGGCCGUGGACGGUGCCUCUCCAGCAGCAGCAGCAGCAGGCGCCUUUGCCGCCCUCGCGGCAGAAAAAGGAGCAACAGACUGCUCUGCAGCCGUCGCAGAAGGAGGAGGCAGACACCGCAUUUGCUGAGGAUGCCGUGUCUGCCAGCGAAGCGCCCGGGGGGGCCUCGCAGCAGAUGCAGCUUCCGGACGGCGCAGGAGUUGGGCAAGAAGCCGCGGGUGCAUGCGAUCAGAAGGAGGACGCCGUACAAGGGACGCGCAAGGCAGCGGCGGUCCCCUCCCCCCCCCCGACGACAGCCUUAACGGCACCCUCAUCCGGCCCUGUUUCCCCCAGCAACAACGCAGCAGCAGCAGCAGCAGCAGCAGCAGAAGCAGCAGAAGCAGCAGAAGCAGAAGCAGAAGCAGUCGAAGAGCUGUGUAGUGCCGUCACUGAGGCCCGCCUGCAGUCAAUCCAGCCGGUCGCUUCUUGGCUUCUACGCGUGGUGGAGGAGAAGGCGCAACUAGCGGCUGCAGCGGCUCUUGCUGGCGAGCAGGUGGAGCCGCAGGAAGAGAGGAAGGCAGCGGCAGAAAGGGCGUUCUGCGCCAUCGAGGAGGAGGAACUGCUGGUUCUCAACGAGCUGCGUCAGGUGCUCGCGGAGAUCCUCCUAGAUGAGUGGAUCGACUCCUUUUGUCCGAAGACGGCCUGCGGGCUGCUCCCCAUAGCCGCAGCUGCUGCAGCAGGAGAUUCGUCGUCGUCGUUAGCGACUGCGGUAGCUGCUGCUGCCGCAGCCGCAGCAACUGCUGCUGGCGGAGGAGGGGGCGGGCGACUUUCGUGGGCUGCGUCUUCUCCCCAGUGCUUCAACCUGCUGACUCCAGAGGGCCGACUGCUCGUGACGACGGCUGUGAAGAUCCUGCAGGGCCCCCUCUCGCGUCUCAUAGACGUUGUGGCGUCGCUAGCGCGAGAAGCGGCAGCCUACCUCCAGGGGAUUCACAUACGGGCAGCUGAACUCCAGCGGCAGUUCCAGGCUGCAGGAGGAGCUCCUCCCGGUGGGGAGGCUUUUGCAGCGGAUGUCGACGCGCUGAUCAAGACUGCAGAGGCGCAAGCGCAGCAAACCGUCAUAGCGCGUCUCUGCGACCUCUGGAACUGCUGCUGGGCUUGCAGCGAAGAGGUCGCAUCCCUCUUCUCGCGACCUGGCACUUCUUCCUCCCCCGUUGCUGCCUCUCGAGCGUCUCCCUUCUCUCUGGCCUUCAGCACGGCUGCUGCCGCUGCGGCAGCCGCCGUUCACGCCUCCCCCACAGGCUUCGCGACGGAGGGGAGUCUUGACCAGACGCUCAACGCCGUCUCCUGUCUCCGGCUGCGACUGGGGCCCCUGCCUCCGCUGAGGGAAAUGCGACGCGUUCUCCGCGCGCACAGGCGUCUCGCAGCGCCUCUCAAAAGGCCUCACGAGGUUUUAAAGGCCUACUUCGACCUCUUGGGGGGCCCCGAUGUGGCUGCGAUCCUGCGAGAAGAGGGCCUCUCCGUGCAUUUCGAGAGUCUCGCCUUCCAACCGCUCAGGAAUCCCACGGAUGACGGCACGCGCGCAGCCACAGCGAGCAUCUUCCCAGCCGCCGUGACAGACGGCAGCUGCAGCCUCUGCUGCACCAUCUGCGAUACCAGGAAGAGCCGCUUCGCGCUCCCCGGAGCUGUCAGCGAAGUGCUCGCCGCAAUACUGGCGUCGGCUUUGCGGUGCUGUCCGAGGCGACGUGAGGACUGCAACGGAGAUCCUACGGAGGGCCUCAUUGCCGCAGACUCCGCCCUCCUGUUCAGGGCUUUGCAGCACGAUGCCCUUCUCGCCAUGCAUGCACAAGCAGCAGCCGUGGCGGCAGUAGCGUCUGGAGGGGCAGCAGCGAGUAAGAAAAGGAAGGCAGCACGAGGAGGAGGGCCCUCCGGCGGAGCCGGUGCGGCUAAAGAGUCUCUGGUGCCUCUCCUGGAUGCCGUUUUACCGUAUGUCACCUUCACACAGGCCGCAGCUGCGAGCGCAGAUCCACGCGUCUUUCUGCUGUCGCUCGCCUUCUUGACUCCCAGCCAGAGGAGCAGCAGCAGCAUUCGAGAGGGCCCAGUGGCGUGGGGACGUCUUGCGUCGGCGGAAAGCAGCGAGAGCCUCUGCAGGCGCGCUGCAGCUGCAGUUGUGGGAACUCCGGGGUCUCCCUCCGGCUCUCUUUGCUCAGGCUUGUUGCGAUUUGGCUGUGGAGCUGAUCCGUAUGGGACGGGCAGUGGCAGCAGCAGCCUUGGGGGCGGGGGGGGGGGGCCCCUUGGCUCUUCUCCCCCUGGUUCGUCGCCUCCGGGGGCCUCUCGGUGCAGGGGAGUCGCGGCAGCGGCGGAUCUGUGCACGCAGCUGCUGGAUGUGGGAAUUUUAGUAGGCCAGGAUGUGUGUGGACUGGAGGGCUUCUGCAUAGAGGAGGCCCUUCCCCUGAGACAUCGGCUGCUCGUCAGACGCACCGACGGAGGCGGUGCUCCUAUAAAUGUGAGGCGCCUGCACUGCGCAAUCCGCAGAAUACUGCGAUCGCAGUUGGGCAGCCUUGGAGGGGCUGCGGAUGCCUGCGCGGGCAGUAGCGGCAGCGGCAGUGGCAGUGGGGGAGGCGUAGACGGAGAUGACACGUGGGGUUAUCCAUCGCUCACAAAGGGGAAUGACAGUGUAGGCUUCGUUGAUCCAGACUCGGCCUUCAGUUAUACCCCUACGCCGCUCGACGCGUUCCUGCUGUACGCCCUCCGUCCGGAUCCUGACCCCACGAGAAAAGGGCGUCGUCGCUUUACGUUGAUGGAGGCGAGCGAGGCAGUGGAGGCGUACGCCGAUCAGAAGCGUCUGUUGGUGGAUUCGGGGGCCCCCGAUGUGACGAUUUUGGUGAUGGGGGCCCCUCUGCGUUCUUACCAGUCCAGUACUUCCGGCAGCAGUGCUACGAGCGGUGGGGGGGGGGAGCUGUUUCCUCUGGAUGAUGCGUCGGACUAUCCCCUUCUGCUGUUCAAGUGGUUUGCGCCGGAUUCAGUGGACCUUCUUUGCCUGGGGGCUUUGGUGUGCGACGCGAAGCAGCAGCUGCAGCAGUACGUGGUGUCGUGGCUGCUGCCGCUAGCAGCUGCACGGGGGCUUGUGACUGUGGAGGAGCAGCGGUCCCUCGAGUCGGGAGGAGAUUCUCUCUUGGUGUUGGAGGAGUGCCAUGUGCGGACGGUGCAGAAUAUCCGCAGGUGGACGUGCGCUAUUCGCAAGAUCAAUAAGCGGACUGGCGACGUCAUCCUUGUGCAGCCGAAGAUUUCUAUUGAGUCUCCUGCCUCCUUACGGCACAGAGAGGCGGCGGUGCUUCUUGACAGGGUGCGUGCGCUGGAGGGGUUUGUGGAGGCCGAGUUGGAUGGUCUCGCAGCAGCGCUGCCUCCCCUCGCUUCUGCAGCAGCAGCAGCAGCAGCUGCUGCUGCUGCAGCGGGAGAAGGGUCUGCUGUAGCUCGGAUGUCAUCGGACGCGCUUCUGCUGAGUGCCGGAGGCACAGACGGCGUAGGAGGCGCGGGAGGUGCAGCGUGCUUGGGGGGGGGCCCCUAUGGAGGGCCCUCCCCAAGCCUGCUGCUGGCGGGGAGUGGCGUGGUCGUCGGUGCUUCUGCGGACGGGGGGGAGGACGAGGGGCUGGGGGGCAAGCGGAAGAAGAAGAAGAGCAAGAAGCAAGUGCCCAAAGCCUCGAUUCCAUCGAACAAGAAGAGCACCAUUGCACGGCUGGCAGAAGAUAGACGGCGAGAAGAGAAAGAGAUCAUGGGCGACGGGGACCUCUCGCAAAAUAGUCCACCGGUGCAGGCUGUCACAUCCCCCUCCUCAGCUCUACUAGAGGCUGGAGGGGCAGGAGGAGCGGCAGCUGUCUCUGCUUCCGCCACUGCCAUACUGCCUCCACCAGCAACUGCCCCGAAGCCCCCCCUAGCUGGCAGUGCUGGCAAGGGGAAGGAGGGCUCCUCUCAGCAGGGUGUUGAAGGGCGCAGCAAGGGGAAGGACCCCACGAAAGUGGCCGUUGGUGCAGCCGCCAAGUCUCAAGACAAGCGACAGGCUCAGCAGUCCAGUAGUGCCUCAGCGGCGGCUUCACAGCAGCAGCAGCAGAAAGCGCCUGUCGCGAAGGCAGGAGAACAGCCAGCAGACAGCAGCAGCACUGCCGCAGACGCGAAGAAGCGAGAGAAGACGCAGCAGCAGCAGCAGAAACGCGCUGCAGCUGCAGCCGCCAGCGGAGGCGGGUCGUCGCAGACGGGCUUAGCCGCAGUGGCAGCCAAGUGGGGGUCGUCAGCGGCGGUUCCGGCCUUACAAGGAGACAUAGAAGUGCCUGCGGCAGCUGGAGCUGGAGAUGGGAAGAAGGCUGCAGCGGCAGCUGCUGCUGCAGCCUCCGGUUCGAGAAGUCGCGCAGUGGAAUCGCUCCGGCGGGGGGGUGCAGCUGUCACAACGACACUACCGUCUUCUUCGUCUUCUGGGGGCCCUCAGUCAGCUGAUCUUGAGGCCCCUUUGGCGAAGCUAGCAGCCGCAGCAGCGGGAGCAGGGGAUGUAUCGCCUCCUGCUUCUCCAGCGUCUGACGCUGUCGCAGCCGCAACAGAGCUGCCGUUUGCAUAUAUGCUGCGCCCCGAAAGCCUUGUGACGUUGCAGCAGCUGUCCGUCUCCCGCGAUCUCGAGACAGACACUUUGAGGUCGCUUGCCGCCGAAAUUUUGGAGGCAGUGCUGCUACACAUCACAGGGGCGAAAGCUGCUACUGCCACUACUGCCACUACUGCUGCUGCUGCUGCUGCUAGGACGUCGUCACCAGGAGACUGGCUGGAGGCUUGCCGAGGGAGUGUUGCGCCCUCAGCGGCGGCAGGAGGCAGCACAGCGCUGGCGAGGCAGCGUGCAGCCGCUGCCUCGCCAGCGGGAGGGGUCUCGUCAACAGCAGCAGCAGCGACGUCUCCUGGGGUAGUCGUCGCGAGAACUCCCUUCGACAGUCCUCUUGCGAGCGACGUGUUGCUGCAGGCCGUAGAGCUGCUGGAUAGCAUCAGUGCCACAAGCCUCAGCAGCCAGCAGCGGCCUUUGUUUGCGAAAGAGCUGCAGACGCACUUGGAGGCGACUCUGUUGAAGUGUUUGGAUUGCAGCAGCGCAGCGGCAGCGGCAGCGGCAGCUGCAUCUGCAGCAGGGGGGGCCCCCUUUGCCGCGGGGAGGGGCCCCCCGGGAGGACACACGGGGCGUCGCAGCAGCUACAGCGGCAUAGCCGCACCGGGAGCUCGGUACGCUGUUCUGAGCAGCGGGAGCGGCGAGGUGUUAGCUGCGGCGGAUGUUCGUUUUGUUGCAUUCCAGCGUUUGUUGACACCUCGGCGACGUGCGACUUGUGAGCUGUUUGCUGCCCUCGCCGUGGCCAAGAGUGGGCUGAUCAUCUCCAGGAAGCUUCUUGCCGCUCAGUGUCUUGCAUUUUUGGAUCGUGCAACCUCCAGCUCCGCCUCAGCGGCUGUGGCGGGAAGCAGCAGCACAAGCACAAGCAGCACAAGCAGCACAAGCAGCGCAAGCAGCAGCAGCACCACCUUGCGAGUUGCUGCAGUCGUUACCAUGUGGCUGGUGUUGGGGCCUAAGCACUUGGCUCGGUUGGGUGACUCUCAGCAAGGCCGUCGCUUUAUUGAUUCUGCUCUUCGCAAGCUGUCCGAUUUUUGCUGUGCAAGAGCUCCCUCCGCAGUGAAUUCUCCGUCUUCGUACCCGUGUGUGGGGCCCCUGCUCUCUACAGCAGGCGGCUUCUUUUCCCCCGCGGUGACAGCAGCGGGAGGAGUCGAAGCGCUCGUUGCGUGGGCUGCGGCCGUUUUGCUGAAGUGGCUGCAAGUGGGAAAGGCCACGCAACUCGCUUUGCCACGCACUUCGGAGGUGUUCACGACACUGACGGUGCUGCAGCUUCCAGCAGUCCUCUCGGGAAGCCCCCAAGGGCCCUCCUCGAUCGCCGUUAAGGGGGGGACUGCCGCUGCGGGGGAGGGGGCGGGUGAUGCAGAGGAGACGGAGAAGCGAGGCACAGCCGCAGCUGCGCUGUGGUCUCAAGUGGCAGAAGGCCGCUCCGCUGCAGCUCACCGCAGCCUUGGCAGGGUAGCAGCCUCUUCACCCGGAGGCCAAGCCUCCGCCGCAACGGGCGAAGACGGAUCUCCUCGCCGCUCCGUUGUAGGUGGCAGAGGAGCGCAACAAGACGGCGCUCUGGUAGCCGCUGCGCUGAUGGAUGACAGAGAAGACAGCGAAUCCGAGGCGGAGGACCUCUUCGUAGACUCCGCCCUGCCUCCUGUCCACAAGCUGCUAGGAGAACAACAGCAGGGUGGCGGGGGGGGCAGCAGAAGCAGCAGCAGCAGCAGCAGGAGGGUCUACAAGAAGGCUUCUCCCUACGUCAUCGGCGAAGGGCAAAGCUGGCUGGUCCUCUAUAAACCCGCCUUCUGGCACUGCUCCGGCUUAGGCAGAAACAGGCCGAUCUCGAUUCCCAAAGUCGUGACGUCGCAAGAAUUAGAAGAGGCUCUCGCCCACAUCUCGAUAGACGAACUGGUGUCCAGCGGCAAGAUCGAAAGUUUCCAUCUCUACCUGAUGAAAAAGUUUCCACGUCUUGAAACUGUGCGCCGUUGGGAAGAGAUGGAAUGCGGUCUGUGCCACCGGACAGACUUGGAAACCUCGGGGUCCUUACUUAUUGCUAAGACGCGAAGAGCCCGAGAACUUAUCUUCGAGCAGUUCAGACGGCGUUCAGUCCACAAGGAGUACCUCCUGCUAUGCCACGGUCGCCUUGCCAAGACUUACGGCCGAAUCGAUCACCCCAUCGCUACACG